GUUCUGUCCGCCGUGCUCGGCUGUGAUCGGAGGUCGGAGGAGCGACAGUAAACAGCUGGCGACGCUUUGCGUCAGUACGAUACGCAAAACGGGACUGUGCGGAGCAGGUCCGCCCGUUGUCCCCCCCCUUUUCCCUUCCAUCCAAUUAUAUCCUGGCGAGAUCCCCGACCGACACAUUUCUCGGCCGCUGUCCAAGCCGAAGCCUUCGUCGAAUUGCUCCGACGCAGAAUAAUUCCGACAUCUCCGCAGCAUUAAUCAUCGACGAGGAGACGUCGAAACGAGCGAGCGUCGUUGUGGAAAAGCAGCGGGGAAAGCGGAGUCUCUUUGUUCGGCGCGACCGCUCUGCGCAUAGACUGACAGUGCGCACGGCGCAGCAUUGUUUGUAUUGUGUCGCGCGGUUGGUUCACUUCGGUCGCUCUCUUCCGUCGAUUCCUUUCACACGAAGACGGACCGGACUCUUGACAGCGUCCAACGAUAAAUCAGUGCGAGGAUUACUCGUGGAAGGACACCUAACUGACGAACAGUGACUGUGUCGCUGAUGAACGACGGUGUCGCUCGAAUCGAGAAGCGAGCGAACGAGAGAGCGACGGAGAGCGAGAGAGCGCGGCGGCGACGGACGCGGUGGCGUAACGCGGUGCGCGAGUGCUUUGUUUUGCCGAGCAGCUGAUCCGACGCGACGGCGAGCUACUGCGAGCUACGCUUAACGACGGUACGUGCGACACGCGCGUCGACGUUUUAUCAUCGACGCGUACGACGUCGGAGAUCCCCGGAAGAAUCUCGGGGUUAAACGCGACCACCACUCUCGACGAGGCGUCCACUUUCGGCGGAUCAACUUUCCGACGACGUCAAAACGGUCGGAAAUCGUAGCAGUGACGAUUGGCCCCCGUUGUUGGAAAUCGAUUGCCAACGACGACGCUUCGUGUUGCAAGACGGAUUUUCGUCAAAUCUGACGUUCCGUGAGGGUGCCGUGAGAAACUAAAAAUUGAUAAUUGAUUUAGCGAUUGGACGCUUUGCAGAAGGGAAGGAAAUAAUGAUGAUAAACGUGACGAAGGGAUUCAAAUUCCUGAGAAUUCCGCACGGAAAAUUUCUGUUAAACGGAGUGUAAUAAAGUCGAGUGCUCGAAUCUCCGGCGCUGGUCAGUCGUUGGACACUCGCUGGAAGACGCUCAGUUCGAUCACGUGAAUCGUGCGUACGUCGGGAGAUUGCCGUGUAUUGGAGAUUAUGACAUAAAGGCAACCGGUGUUACUCGUCGGAUCCCCUACAAGCAGAAGCGGGAGUAAAUUUUUUUUUUUCAAGCGGGUGAACGCUCUCGAUUGCGUGAAGAGCGAAAACGUGUUGUUUGGUCUCGAGCAACUUUCCCCACGGUGUCGCGGCGAAGAACAAAGAAAACGACUCCACUGAAAGACAUUGGUUGAAGUGUCUGAAGACACUGCUUUGAGUUUCUUCUUCGACGAUCGAAAACCGAAGAAUCCCCGCCCAUUUCGAAGCGAUCGGGCUCUCGUGCGCGAGAGAGAGAGAUAUCUGGAUGAUACUCUGCAACGCGGCGCGAUUUUCAGUGGCUUUGUCUCAGAAUCGACGGCGAGGAUCGCAUUGAUCGAUGCAGCAUAGUCUUGACGGGGCCGUCCUCGCGAACGAUCGAGAACGUGGGGUACGGCCCCGAUCGAGCUGACUAAGGGAACCGUCCAAACCGAGGGCCAAUCCUGCUGUUAAUAGGGCCCACGGUGGAGGAAGACAUCCGUGACGGGGCUAUUUUAACAAGUUCUACUUUUGUGUCACUACAAGGAGUCUAUCCACGAGACGCAACAUGCUGUACAUCUUCCACGUUGACACCGGCACCACCAUCACCUUCGACAUCAAGCUGGCACUGCAAAGUGUCAGUCAGCUGAUGGAGGCGAUCGAGAGGGAAUGCGGUGUGGUAGCGGCGCAUCAGGUGCUGCUUAUGAGCGGAGGCGAAUGCUUGGAACCAAAUGCACGUGUGUGCUCUUACUCGGCUGGAACCGACACAAAUCCUAUUUAUCUGUUCAGCAAGGCCGCCAUUGAAAGCAGCCUCCCGCCUACGCCGAGUAUAGAUUACGGUUCCGAUGUCGACCUGCAGACUCAGAUCGAUGCUUCACUGGCGAUGCCAGCCACUUAUCAGACCCUUUGCGCACGUGCUCAUUUAGCCCAACAGUGUUGUGGCCUGGCGCGUGAGCAGACGAGGAUCUGCGAGAGGCUGGUUCACGAUCAGCAUCUCCAGCAACAAGGCUGGGCCGCAGUGGUCGCCAAUCUCGAGGACAUCACGCAUAUGUUUCAAUCACGAGCCGAGCAGUUCCAGCAAGCCUUCGUCUUGUACCUCGCCGAGAGGCAGCAGCACAUGAAGCUCCUUGAUAACUUCAGCGCCGAUCUCGGUACUCUUGCAAAAAUUCCAAUUUUGCCGGCCUUGAGAGCUCAAGCCGAGGGCUUGUUGAGUCCGGAUGAUCAACCGAGUCAAACUUCCGAAACUGUAUCGGAGGAUAGUGGGGAAGUACUAAGUCUGUUACGAUGGAUCUCUGCGAAAGACAAUCAAAGCAGCCUAGAGCAAGUGGCAGAGCAAUGCUCGCGUGGCCUGGAGCAGUUCGAUGAACGAUUGAUGCAGGCCUUGAAGGCAGAAGUGAACGGGGCUGUCGAUAAUGCUAAUAAACAGGAUAUGAAAGAGAUUAAGGGUCUAGGCGAGAGGCUGUUUGCUCUGGAACAGUUGAUGGUGCAGACCAAGAGACUUGUUCACGAGCAAGGCGAGCUUGCUCAAGGUUUUCUGCAGAAUCAGAAUCGCGCGAGCAAUUUAGGCGAUGCGAGCGUCCUGCCAGAUCUUUGCAAUUCUCAUCGGCGGCAAUUGCUCGUCAUGUUGCAAAAUCACAAUCAACUGCGCGAUAUCCGCCGCAGAUGCACCAAGGCGAAGGAAGAGUUGUCGGUGAAUAUCUAUCAUCGCUUGAAAUGGAUCAUGUACGUGGAGAAUAAGAUGGUGGAAGUGGGCAACAAGCUAAUCAUAUAUCACGAGAGCCUGAAGCGGUUGCGACGGCAUCUGGAAGUGCUCCAACAGAUACACUUAGCUCCGCAGAUGUAUAUUAGCGCGGUGGUUGAGGUUGUUAGAAGGCGCACCUUCUCGCAAGCUUUUCUCGUAUGGGCAAGCAAUCUGGCGUGCCAACUGUUGACUGUUCAUAGCGAGGAGUUGGCACGUAGGCGAGAGUUUCAGAGCAAAUUUGACGGUCACUUCUUGAACACUCUCUUCCCCGGUCUGGAGGACACACCACCGCCUUUUGCAACGCAAGCACCUUCCGUUUUUGACAAUGGGCUACCUAAGCUGACCGCGGACGACAUGGAGUCAUUGCGAUCCCAGCUUCCGGAUUUGGCGCUUACAAUUUCUACGCCGGAUUUGAGCAGCAUAACGCAAUUCUUCUUAUCGAAAAGCUUCACCGAAGGUAGCACCGAUGGUACUAAGGAAAAAGACACCACAUCAGUGAGCACCGAUAUUCCCACAAAGGAACAAGAACGCACUAGAGCGCCAUUGUUAUCUGAUAGGGGCGAUUUUGAAUCCGAAACUGAUACGGAGGAGUUCGAGAAAAUUGGUCAAGCCGGCGUGGAAGUAACCAAGCCUGGCGUGUUCGACGGGGCGAAACAGAAACGGCAGAAGCAAUUGGAGGUUGGUGCCUCUCGAAGCGUGUCCCCCGCUUCCUCGACCUCGACUAAUGUCUCCCCGUUAAACUCGAAAGUCGCGGAUUUAACAACACGUUCGACCACAUCAAGCGAACCCGGCUCUUUCCAAUUUCCCAGUCUAUCCGCCACGAGCGAGCGUCCGGUGCAGCUAAGUCCGUUGACCGAGUGCGUGGAGAACGGUGCCGCCGAUUCUUCCAGUUGUUUGCUUCGCAGAGGCGUGAGCGGUCUCUUGAAUUAUCGUGACGCUAUACCGCUCGAGGAGCAACAUUCCCUGAGUCCGAAUCCUCCUUCCUUGCGGUCCUCCAUCAUGUGCGACGGCCAGCAUCAGCAACAUCAGCAUCCGCUAUCCGGUAGCGGAGGUAGCAGUCCCUCCGUCGGUGUAGGUGCUACCGACUUCAUGGGUACGGAAUUUUACAUGGAUGAAUCUCUGCCGAGCAGCCUUAGCGAACAUCCCGCCGACGGCCAGCAUCAGGCUAUCGUGUCCCUCCUUCAGGAGAAUCUCGGUAAUACGCGUGAGGAAGUGGAAAGGUUGCGUUCUAUCCUGAAGACCAUGAAAACGGUUGUAUGCGAGGAACUCAGUUCCGUGCGGAAUGAAUUGGCGAUUCUGCGAAAUCAAUCUAAUGAGGACAAGAACGGUAUCGUCGAGAUGACGGAGCGCGUUCGAGUGGCAUUGUCCUUGCACUCGCGAGAGUACGAUCGACGUCUUCAAGAACGUGAACAGGAAAUGACAAUCGAGCACGAGUAUGAGAUCGCGGAUGUUAAAAAGCUAAUGCAGAAUCGUGAGGAAGAGAUCUGCACGCUCAAGCGUAAUCUUCUUGAAAGAGAAACUGAAUUGGCGGAGCAUGAGCGACUGGUGGCCACGAUGCAUCAAAAAUUGGAAGACGAACAAAUUGAGAGGAGAAAUUUACAUGAUCGUUUACAUCAACAACUCGAGGACUAUUCGAGGGUACUAGAACAAGCGCGCAUAGAUAAGGAAGAGGCCGUAAAAAAAUUGAAUGACGAGAGAUUUCUCGAGAUCACUUCUUUAACGAAUUCAUUGACACAAUGCCAGAAGCGAAUUCAAGAAUUAGAGGAGAAUCUGGUCACCGCGCGCAAUGAUCAGGAGAGAAUGGUGAAGGAGGCAACUGAUAAAUUGCAGAUGGAAUAUAAAACGGAAUUAGAGACCAUUCGGAGCCGCUUCAAACUUAUGACCGCUUCUACCAUGGAAAGGAGUCCUAGCGAUUCUAGUUUAGAGAAAAUCGAACGAACAGAUGUUAUUGAACUUGUAAAUCAUGAGGCAAUUUUGGCGCAAGCAAGAGAAGAUAUGAAAAUUGAGAAUGCUGUAGCAAUCCGUACUGCUAUCAUAAAGGAAAGGGCCGAUUGCAUGACAAAAUUGGACAACGAAUUAAGAUUGGCGAAGGAAGUGGUCGAAGAGAAAAAUAGGGAAAUAGAAAUGUACAGAAUGAGAACGAUCGCGCUGAUCGAACAGGGUAAACAUUAUAAGCAUACGAUAGAUCGAUUACUUGGAGAUUUCGAACUGAAAUCGGAGAUACAGCAAACUUUGAUGGAGAAGAUGAAAAAUCUUGAAGCGGACAAGGCGUGUUUGGAAAACAAAGAAGCCGCAGACAAAGCAAUGCGAACAGUUGUGGAACAAAACGAUGAUAUUGUGUAUCCUCUAGAAGCUGGAGUAUGCAAAGACUUGAGUUACGAUCGAUUGGAUGCUAGUCAAAUUCUAGAAGACAUUUUCAAGGAAUCCGAAAAGUAUGAGGUUGAGGUUUCAGAAUCGAAGAAAGUACGAUUGGAAGCUGACGAUGAUGAUCUGGCUCGACUAUCGAGACGACUUGAAUCUCUCGAAAAUGACAAUAAAAGGCUGUCCUGCGAGCUAAAUUCGAUACGCGCGAGUAAAAUAGCGGCUGAAGCAAAAGUAGAGGCAUUAAUGACGGAUAAAAUUCGUUUGGAGGUUGAGUUGCUGAAAGAGCGUACCAAGAGGACAUUUGGUAUUGAUCCGAUGCCGGAAAAUCGCGACAAAGACAUGAAUGCGUCGGUCGCAGUCGUUUCGGACUCUAAUUCAAGUCGGGACGCGGCCACGAGUCCAGAGCCGAUGAGUCGACGAUCAUCUUCCAAAUCAAUGUGCUUCCACCCCUCCCUUCCCUCAUACGUACAUAAGAAGGUCGCAGAAAAAGUGGCAAAGAUGGUGCAACAGGGAAUUGUCACCAUCACUAGUUGUAAUCCAGGUGAUGUGGUACUCGUAGUCUGGGACGCUGUACAUUGCAAUUAUGCGGUGUAUCAAGAAUCUUCGACUUUUUAUUUCCUUCAUUCGGACUGCGUAGGUGCAAUGGAAGGAAUGAAUCCGAGUGCUUCUCGGAAGUGCGUUCUCGCUGAAGUGAUCGAUAAGGAGUACUGUCACGCGAGAAAGCAUGAAAAUCGAUACCACGUCCCACGUGGCACGAAAUUCUACAGAGUGCAUGCUAAGCCACGAGAUGCACGCGCGCUGACAGACGAGACGGGUUUGAUGUCAAAGAGUCAACUACCGUAAUUUUUCAGACUGUGUCGAGAAUCCCUUGAUUCUUGCCUAGUACAAGCGCUGUGAUCGAGGAUUUGCGUCGGCAGACCGCGUUCGUUAGGGGACCAGCGACUCGGAACGCAAAUCCCGAACUUACGUCUCCGCAACCAUCCGGAAACCUCGGAUCUAGGCCAAAACCUGCCAGAGCCUCUAGACGCAUCCUUGAUGAACGCUGGAAAGGGAGUGAUCUAUAGAAAGAGGUAUGCGCAAGUUGGAUAACAUGAAAUGAGACGGAAGGAUGCGCCGGCGUUUUAUUGUGAUAUAAAUAAUUUUUAAACGAGUGAAACAUAUUUGCCGAAUGCUGUGGUUAGCUGUGAAGCGUAACGAUAUUUGUAUUCUUCGACUUUCUUUUUUCAUAAAUGAAAAAAAACAAAGGAAUGUGAGUGUCGUCAACGAUUCUCUCUUUCGAUAAUUCGAUAGAUUGACUAGUGUGUGUGAGAAAAAGGGAAGGUUGUUUAACUUCAACAUUAGAUGUACAAUGCGGAAAGACGAAAGCGUGUUCAGCUUCCUCUCUCCGCAUUCUGAUAAUUAUGUUUGCAUUGUGUGAGACAAGAUAUAGCUAUAAGUUUUACAAAACCAACAUGU